AUGCCAGAAGGCGUCCCCAGGGAAGACAUUAUCUGCGAUUUGGAAGCAGCGGUGACCAAGGUCAGACAGGAGGUUCCGUGGAUGGGAGCACGAGUCGUCUAUAUUGGCAAAAAAGAGGGCAACUCUGGAAUCUAUCGACCCAUCGCGUGCGCACUGCAAGAGAAAUCCAUCGACUUCCAAGAUGCGUCUAAUGCCAUGCCCGCCUACUAUUCGAUCCGGGAGCAGAAGGGGCCGUUAAGCCUGAUAGAUACCAACCUGCUGACGCCAGUUCCCGGAUUCCCGCAAAAGUUCGAGGACUCAGACGAGAGCCCGGCGCACGUCGUUCGCUUGCAGGCGACCUUCAUCCAGGGAGGUGUGGUGCUCGACUUUGCCAUCGAGCACAAUAUGGCAGAUGCCGGAGGGCACUUUGGCUUCGUGAAGUUGGUAGCCAUGGCGAUGCGAGGCGAAGAUUUCCCACCCGCGCUGCUGGAGCAGGCCAACACGGACAGGAGGAACGUCGUGCCCCUACUCGAGGCGCACGAACCAAUGCUAGACCACAGUCAUCACAUUCGCCCACCACUCACAUCGUCAGCGCCCCUUGCGCCGUCUGUUCCGGCAAGAUACCACGUCUUCCGCUUCAAGGCGUCUAAGAUGGAACAGCUCAAGCAGCUCGCGAGAAGACCCGAGGGCUUCGACAAGAACGUGCCGUUCAUCUCUACCGACGAUGCGGUCUGUGCCUUUUGCUGGAAGCAUUUCAUCGCCGUCCGAAAGAACCGCUUCCCGCCCGACACGAAGUCUCGGUUCGGCCGGCAGAUCGACGGGCGCAAGCUCGUUGGCCUCCCGCCUAACUACAUGGGCGAAGUAGCGCAUACCGUGUCCACCUGGCUGACGUUCCAAGAGCUCACCUCCGCGCCCUUAUCGACGGUGGCGUCGCAUCUGCGGAAGCGCCUCAACGAGACCAACAACCUGUACCACCCCCGCAGCUUCGCGACGUUCAUCGCGCGCGAGCCGGACAAGUCAACCAUCACGUACGCGGGCAAGUUCCAGCCGGCCGUGGAUAUCGGCUGUUCGUCGAUCUGCGGGCUGCCGGGCGUGUUUCCUAGCUUCGGCAGGCUGGGCACGCCCGAGUUCGUCCGGCGACCGCCGAGCAUUCCGUUUCCGAGCACGUUGGUGCUGUUUCCUGAAACGCCGGAGGGCGACUGCGAUGCCGUGGCUUGUUUGACGGAUGUCGAUUUUGAGGCGCUGAGUGCGGAUGCCGAGUGGAACAGAUACGUGGAGCAUAUUGGUUGA